AUGGGAACUUAAAAUCAGUGCAACAAAAUAAUAACUGGGAAAUAUAUCACCACAUUGAUCAAAGGCCUUAAAAAUCAUAUAACAUAUAUCGAAGAUCAAUAAUGUAAAUAAUACUUCUAAUUUAAAACAUCCUAGACCUCAACUUAAACUACAAUUAAUUUAAUGAAUUUUAGAGUGGAAUUGAAAUCUUUAAUUCAUUUUUCUAAAGGACAUCUUCUCAUAAAUAGAAUAUUUUAUAUGUGCACCAAUAUUGA